UCUCCUACUUUCUGCCUUUCGCAUGUAACACUGCUUCCCCUCGACCAAUAUACUUUCAUAGUCACCGCAGCCUCCCUAACUGAAUAGUGAAAUAACUCUCCCGCGAACCAGACAUCUCUCUCUCUCUCUCUUCUCUCUCUCUCUCUCUCUCUUCUCUCUCAGUAUAUAUACAUAUACAUAUAAUUAUAUAACUAUAUAUAAAUAUGGCGGCGCUGAGAAAGAUAGUGGGGUCAUUGCCAAGAACAGGUUUAUCAUACUCCUCUCUCCUGCCUCCUGCUCUUCUAAUCUCUCGCAGAGGCAUAGCUUCUAAGCUUUUCGUCGGAGGACUUUCCUUUUCCACUAAUGAGACUGCAUUAACAGAGGCAUUUUCCCAAUAUGGUCAAGUUGUUGAAGCCAAGAUUGUAAUGAACAAAGUGUCCGACAAAUCAAAAGGGUUUGGAUUUGUGACCUUUGCUUCAGUAGAUGAAGCCCAUAAUGCCCUAACAGAGAUGAAUGGAAAGGCACUGAAUGGACGUGUUAUUUUUGUGGACUAUGCAAAGCCCAAAACUGAUUUUAGCGAAGCAGUGCCAAUAGCAAGAGGACCUCCUGAGCCUCAACCUGAUACUUGAUUGCUUGCAUCACAAGCAUGAACAAUCAGAUAAGGAGAUAUGUAUGUUUGAAUUUGUUCGUUUAUUAGCUUGUUCUGAGAAUGAAUUAAGCUAAUUUGUGAGAACUUAAAAGCUGUAAGCAACAUAUGGUUGAAGAAUCACCCUUGGCAUCAGAUGAUGAAUUUGAGCAAAAUCUACUGUUCUUUUGGACAGAACUUCCCUCAA